AUGGACUCCCGGCUGGACCAGGAGACGGCCCGGUGGCUAAGAUGGGACAAGAAUCCUUUAACUUUGGAGUCAGUGAAACAACUCAUUGCAGCAGAUAAUACAGAGGAACUACAAAAAUGUUUUAGUGCUCGAAUGGAAUUUGGGACAGCUGGCCUCCGAGCUGCUAUGGGAACAGGAAUUUCUCAUAUGAAUGACUUGACCAUCAUUCAGACGACACAGGGAUUUUGCAGGUACCUGGAAAAGCAAUUCAGUGACCUGAAGCAAAGAGGUGUUGUGAUCAGCUUUGAUGCUCGAGCCCACCCAGCAAGUGGAGGCAGCAGCAGGAGAUUUGCCCGACUUGCUGCAACCACGUUCAUCAGCCAGGGGAUUCCUGUGUACCUCUUUUCUGAUAUAACCCCAACCCCUUUUGUGCCCUACACAGUAUCACAUUUGAAUCUUUGUGCUGGAAUCAUGAUAACUGCCUCUCACAAUCCAAAGCAGGAUAAUGGUUAUAAGGUCUAUUGGGAUAAUGGAGCUCAGAUCAUCUCUCCUCACGAUAAAGGGAUUUCACAGGCUAUUGAAGAAAAUCUAGAACCAUGGCCUCAAGCCUGGGAUGAUUCUGUACUCAAUGGCAGUCUGCUCCUUCACGACCCAAGCGCUUCCAUCAAUAAAGACUAUUUUGAAGACCUUAAAAAAUACUGUUUUCACAGGGCUGUGAACAAGGAGACCAAGGUGAAGUUUGUGCACACCUCUGUCCAUGGUGUGGGUCACAGCUUCGUGCAGUCGGCUUUCAAGGCAUUCGACUUUAUUCCUCCCGAGGCUGUUCCCGAACAAAAGGACCCUGAUCCUGAGUUCCCAACAGUGAAAUACCCGAAUCCCGAAGAGGGUGAAGGUGUCUUGACUUUGUCUUUUGCUUUGGCUGACAAAACCAAGGCAAGAAUCAUUUUAGCAAAUGACCCAGAUGCUGAUAGACUUGCUGUGGCAGAAAAGCAAGAAAGCGGCGAAUGGAAAGUGUUUUCAGGCAAUGAGUUGGGGGCCCUCCUGGGCUGGUGGCUCUUUACUUCUUGGAAAGAAAAGAACCAAGAUCACAGCGCCCUCCAAAACUUAUACAUGUUGUCCAGCACCGUCUCUUCCAAAAUCCUGCGCGCCAUCGCCUUGAAGGAAGGUUUUCACUUCGAGGAAACAUUAACUGGCUUCAAGUGGAUGGGAAAUCGAGCCAAACAGCUGAUAGACCAGGGGAAAAAUGUCUUAUUUGCAUUUGAAGAAGCUAUUGGAUAUAUGUGCUGCCCUUUCGUGCUGGACAAAGAUGGAGUCAGCGCUGCCGUCAUAACUGCAGAGUUGGCCAGCUUUCUAGCAACCAAGAAUUUGUCUUUGUCUCAGCAGCUGAAAGCCAUCUAUGUUGAGUAUGGCUACCAUAUCACCAGAGCUUCGUAUUUUAUCUGCCAUGAUCAAGAAACUAUUAAACAAUUAUUUGAAAACCUUAGAAACUAUGAUGGGAAAAGUAAUUAUCCAAAAACUUGUGGCAGAUUUGAGAUUUCUCACAUUAGGGACCUUACAACUGGCUAUGAUGAUAAUGAACCUGAUAAAAAAGCUAUUCUCCCGACUAGUAAAAGCAGCCAGAUGAUCACCUUUAGCUUUGCUAAUGGAGGCGUGGCCACAAUGCGGACCAGUGGGACAGAGCCCAAGAUCAAGUACUAUUUGGAACUGUGCGCCCCGCCUGGAAACAGUGAUCCCGAGCAGCUGAAGAAAGAACUAGAUGAACUAGUUAGUGCUAUUGAAGAGCAUUUUUUCCAGCCACAAAAGUAUAACCUCCAGCCAAAAGGAGAGUAA